AUGAGCUGGGACUUUGGGGUUGGUGAUUUUCUCGACCUGCUUGAAAAAGCAAAUAACUUGCGAAAGCGAUUCAUCAACGCCCCCACACAAUUUCAAGCAAUAACAGCUGAUGUGAAGCAUUUGUCAAAUAUUCUUCGAGAUAUCGAUGACUAUGAUCCCGACAUCAAUCUUGACAUUCAAAAGAAAGGGAGUUUGAAUUGCGUGUCCAGGGACUGUCAGAAUUUAUUGGAGGAACUAAAUGGGUAUCUUAACAAAUAUCAGGAGCUUGCACCUGAGCAAAAAUCCAGUGGAGUCAAGAAAUUGACCACUCGAGCCUGGAAAAGAGUACGGUGGGACCAACAAGAGAUUGAUGUUUUUCGGUCACGGAUAUCCACCAGCAUCAGUGGAUUGAACAUCGUCAUCGCAGGACUGAAUAGCCAGGUUGCAGUGGAAAUCCGGGACCUAGUCCAAAACACGAGGGAGGAGGUCGGGCGUCUUGUUCGUCAUCAAGAUCAAAAAAAGAUCCAGAAAAUCCUGGAGUGGCUUUCAUCUAUCAACAUCGCCACCAAACAAGCUGACUUCUUUAAUGAUUGUCAGCAAGGGACUGGUGAAUGGUUUAUUCAGAAAAGGGUUUUCCAAAACUGGAUUCAUCAAUCCGGCACAACAUCGCAAAGUGAGCGUUGUCUAUUCUGUCCAGGCAUUCCCGGCGCAGGCAAAACAUUGCUGGCAUCAACUGUUAUCAAUGAGCUCUCCUCAAAUUUCCAAAAUGAUCAUACAGUCGGGGUCGCAUUCUUCUACUGCAACUUCCGCGAAAAAAUCACACUUGAAGAAAUACUCGGCUGUCUCUUGAAACAGCUUUCAGGGCAAUUGCCCAUUUUCCCUGAGCCAGUGGAGGAUCUCUAUGAUACAUAUCAAGCUCUGAAAACCAAAGCUUCAUUAAAUGAUCUGAUGGAGAUCCUCGACACUACAAUUUUCAGAUUUCAAAGAGUCUUCAUUGUCAUCGAUGCCUUGGAUGAGUGUCACAUGGCCGAUGGAUCUCGGGAUGUGCUUCUCGAUCAACUAUUUGCUUUACAAAGUAAACAUACUCUGGAAGUUGAACUUACCCCCUCUAACAUUUCAAGCAGGUUCCUACUCGCUCGACUCCACCUUGACUCCCUCAAAGGGAAGAUAUCUCCCAAACAACUCCGAAACACACUCACAAAUCUCUCGACGCGUCUAGAUUCUGCCUACUCCGAAGCUAUCAGUCGGAUAGAAGCUCAGACACCAGACCAGAGUAGAGCUGCAAAGGAAGUCCUAGCUUGGAUUAUCUGUGCAACCCGUCCCCUUACGCCGAUCGAACUACAACAUGCCCUCGCAAUCGAAAGCGACGAAUCCUACUUGGACGAAGAUAAUAUCCCUGAUAUCAAUGACCUCGUGUCAAUCUGUGCAGGCCUUGUCACAAUCGACGAGCAAAGUACUGUGAUCCGACUCGCGCAUUACACAACCCAGGAGUAUUUUGAAGAGAACCUGGACAUGUUGUUUCCAGGAGCUCACUCAUUACUUGGGGCAUCAUGCAUCAUUUACCUCUCUUUUGAGGAUUUUGAGUCUGGCUCGGUUUCUCUCGAGGCUGACAUCCGCGAUUGA